UUCAAUGAUUGUCAAAAUUGAGUUAACGUUUGUUAUGAAUCAGAAAGAUGAGGUGCUCCAUACUAUUACCCCUAUGUUUUUUUGUAAUAUUGAAAAUAUCAACAAACUCAAACUACCUUGUGCUGCGAUUACUUGCACCGCUCAACCCCCCUUAACAUGAGGAUGAUAUCUCUGCAAUGCAGACUUUUUAGUCGGGACUACUUAACAGCCGUGAGAGUAGCGAAAAUAAAAAACUGUAUAUAAAAAUAACAAAGUGGUGCCUUCAUCAACUCCGAUUAAAUUAUGAACUAAUUACACAAUGAGCGUGCAUAAUUAGCUAAUGUAUAUGAACAAUUUUUACUCGUAAUUUAAAAUUUGGAUCAGAAGUUUGGAUACAUUUUUCUUUCAAUCACUACCGUCCAUUAGUGUCAGGUUAUUUAUAAUAUAUCAGUUGUUCUUAAUAUAAUAUACUCAUAAUAUACUCAUAAAUGCACUGCCAUCUAAUGGUCUAUAUACGGAUAAUUUUAACCACUUUGGUGACAAUCACCUGCUUGCUAGGUGAUAAUUUCGUGGAAUUGACUGCUCAUCCGCUGUUAAAAGCGCUAUCUGAUAAUGCUACACAUGCACUUAUUGGAGCAUUAACGGGAAUUGCAUAUGCAGUUCAAUUCUAUGAUCGGAGCACAAACUUAUUUGGAUGGCUGUUGAUAUUUAUAUGUUUUGCGGUAUCAUCCUUAAUUGACAUGGAUCAUUUUAUUGAAGCACGUUCACUGCACUUAGAGGAUGCAACGAAUCUUACACGACGUCCUUUUUUGCAUUGUUCGAGUAUAAUAUUAAUUAUUUUAAUAUUUUAUCUUUGUACAGCAAGUUUAAAUUAUUUUAAAACAAGUUUAAUACUUGGUUCUUUACUCUGUGCCUUUAUCACGCACCAUACACGUGAUGCCGUGCGCCGUGGCUAUUGGCUGUGUCCGUUUGGUCACACCAAUCGUGUGGCAUAUGUAGCAUAUAUAAUAAUUACUGUUUUAACUCCUCAUGUUGUAUAUUACUUACAUUCUGUAUGCCGCAGUGGAGUUGUACAGAGAUUACUGGUACAAUAUGUUAAACUCAAUGACUACAAUUAUCGCAUUGUUAGCAAUGGUUAUUUACAAGUUUAAUUUAUUUAGAAUUUUGCUUAUGUUAAAGAAAAUAUUGUGAUAGUGAA